UAAAAAUUACUUAAAUAAUUUAAAAAAUAUAUAAAUAUAAACAUAUAUAAGAGUGGUAAAAUAAAACUAUAUGUUUUGUGUUUAAUAACAGGAAGAUGAUAUGGGGUUCAACGGUGCGACAGUCGAGGAUGAUGAUAAUUCAGAAUCAGACGAGGGUACGACCGAGACAUCUUCAGAGGAUGAAAAGAGGCGGUCUCUAAGUAGAACAGCCGUAAUAUGUACCUGUUGUUUUUGUGUGAAGCAAGAUGUUAAAAAAAAGUCUGUAAAAAGUGAAGAGAGUGACCAGAAAAGCGGUGAAGAAAAAGAGGAUCCAGUUAUGGUUGAUAUUGUUAGAGCUGUUGUAGUAAAAGCCUUUUACCACUGUUUGAAAAAACAACUUUUGGAAAACUGUGCAGCCUGCGCUGUAAAUAAGUCCAACCCUUUUAGUCACCCUUGUAUUUUUUGGGAUCGCUCAGAAGUAUUUUACCAGCUUAGACGUAUUUCUUCUAAACUGAACGCGGCCCAGCUGGUAAAUGUAAUUAUAGCUGAAGGCUACAAACUAAAAAAGCUUAACAUAACCACUGAAACUAUAACCAAAGUUGUUAAAAUGAUUAGGGAGGUUGGAAAAUCAUCUGACCCGGUGGCCUUGCUGGUAGAUCUGUCAAAAGAGGUGGCCCCCUAUAUUGGCCGAGCGGUGUGUAGCAGGGUUCGCCAAAUGGAUUAUAAAACUUUUUACAUGCAAGGUUGUGACCCUAGAGGCUUAAAAAAUAUAUAUUAA